AUGUCGAACUCCAAACUCUUCCAGCCCAUCACCAUUGGCGACAUGCAUCUUAAACACCGGGUGGUUCUCGCGCCCCUGACGCGGUACCGAGCCAAUGAUCAGCAUGUCCCAUUUCCGCUUGUGGAGGAGUACUACGUCCAGAGGGGGAGUGUGCCGGGGACGCUGUUGGUAACGGAGGCGACCCCUGUCGCUGCGAAGGCUGGCGGCUAUAGGAACAUACCAGGUAUAUGGAGCGACGAGCAGAUACGUGCAUGGAAGAAGAUAACCGAUGCGGUGCACGCAGAAGGGUCCUUCAUAUUCAUGCAACUCUGGGGGAUGGGGCGUGCUGCUGACGCCAGCUUCCUUGCGGAGCAAGGGUUGGACUACGUCUCCUCAUCCCCCAUCGCCUUAUCAGACCGAAAAGAUUCCCCCGCCCCCCGCCCCCUCUCUGUCCCGGAGAUCCAGGAAUACAUUGAACUGUACGGUCAAGCCGCCUACAACGCCGUCCAUCUCGCAGGUUUCGAUGGCGUUGAAGUCCACGGCGCGAACGGGUAUCUGGUCGACCAGUUCCUCCAAGAUGUCAGCAACCAUAGGACCGACGACUACGGCGGAAGUAUCGAGAAAAGGGCGAGAUUCGGGUUGGAAGUGAUAGAUUCCAUCGUGAAGAGGGUAGGCGCGCGGAAGGCUGCUAUUAGGCUGAGUCCCUGGACGACAAUCCAAGGUAUGGGAAUGGCCGAUCCCAUCCCCACAUUCUCCUACUUCGUCAAAACCCUGCGCGAGCGCCACCCAGGGCUGGCAUACCUUCACGUCGUCGAGCCGCGCGCAAACGGGGUUGUCACCGUCGAGAAGAAAGAGGGCCAGUCCAACGACUUCAUCCGCGAGAUCUGGGCUCCGAAGGUGUUGAUCAGCGCCGGGGGGUACGAUAGGAACCUCGCCAUCCAGAUGGCGGAUGAAAAGGGGGAUGUCAUCGCUUUUGGGAGGUUCUUUAUAUCGAACCCCGAUUUGCCGCUGCGACUGAAGAAUGGUUGGCCGGUGGAGAAAGGCGAUAGGAAGAAGUAUUAUAGACCUGGCAGCACGGACCCCGACGGCUAUACGUCGUACCCCUUCUUCGCUCCCGCCGUUGAUACCAGUAGACUAUGA